AUGAACGUCAACAGGAAAUUCGAUCGCUUCAAGCAAUGGGCUGGCGAGCGGAUGGGCGGGGAGGUCAAAACCAAUCAAUCCGACGACUUUAAAGCCAUGGAGACCGAGAUGAAUGUGCGACAUGACGGGAUCGAUCGAAUCCACAAAUCUACCACCGCCUACAUCAAGGCCGUCUCCAAACGCAGCGAGGGCGACGACAAAGAAAAGACCCUACCCAUUGCCCACCUGGGUACCAGCAUGGUCGGCCACGGUGAAGACUUCGAUGCGAAUUCCGAAUAUGGCCGAUCCCUGAUCUUGCUUGGACGAGCGGAAGAACGUCUUGCCCGCGUCCAAGAAUCCUACAUCUCCCAGACGACCUCGGGCUGGCUUGAGUCCCUGGAGCGGUCCUCGACCCAGAUGAAAGACUACCAGACUGCUCGCAAGAAGCUGGAUGGCCGACGACUGGCCUACGACACCUCGCUCUCGAAAAUGCAAAAAGUGAAGAAGGAGGAUUUCAGAAUGGAGGAGGAACUUCGAACGCAGAAGGUCAAAUACGAGGAGGCCAACGAUGACGUGCUCCGACGGAUGCAGGAUAUCAAGGACUCGGAGCCCGAGAGCGUGGCCGACUUGGAGGCUUUCUUGGAUGCCCAAUUGGACUAUCAUGAGCGGUGCAGAGAGGUGCUCCUCCAGCUCAAGAAUGAAUGGCCGGGAAGAUCUCCCCAGGCCCCCACCCCCAAUGGCCGUCGCAUUGGACGUGCUCGUUCCAACACUGCGCACUCGUUCCAGGACCGAUACGAACCGCUGCAGGAGGAGAACACCAAUGGCGCGGAUCAGCGUCCGAUCAUCCGCACGAGCCGAUCGCCUUCAACUCAUUUUGUGGAGUCGAGAGAACCCUACGUGGCUGAGACGCCACCUCCGCCGCCUCAGCGACCCGUUCUGAACCGCAUCUCGACCUUCGAAGGACCCGCGCAGCUGCGACAGGAUCAUGCAUCUGGCUCUCAAUGGCCGGGGCGGACAACCAGCGAGAAUGUGAUCAGUCGCCGGAACAGUAUCCAGGCUCGACCUCCUGCCCGAGUGCCUACCGAUCCUUAUAUCGAUGCGUCCGGCGAAUUCCGCUCCAGCAGCAACACGAGCCCUGAGAGGUCUUACUAUGGACGAUCUGAAUCGCCUGCCUCGUCUUACGGAGGGGUGUCACGAAGAGCCAGUUCAACGGCGCUGAACGCUGCUGGCGGGCCCAAGAAAGGACCUCCCCCUCCUCCCCCUUCACGGGCCAAGAAGCCAGCUCCUCCUCCGCCUCCCAUGAAGAAACCCAUGUUGAGUGCUGAGAUGUAG